AUGGGAAGUCCAACUUUCGCAACACAUGUAUUUAUUGAGAGACUCAUUGGCAUAAAGAAAUCUCUACAAGUGGUGAAAAGUAAACUCUACUAUUUUUGUGAACACAUUGAAGAAACCCACUUAAAAGACUCUCUAAGGAAAGUUUUUGAUUAUAUUCCAACUUUGUCAUUAGCAGUGCCUGAGAGGAAUGCCAGAGCUGACUCAGAUCUGCUACCUGGAAAUAAUUCACUAAACCAAAAUGAAGGUAUCCUUAUUAAUCAGCCGAAGAAAUAUGGUAUAUUUCAACCUUAUCCCAUUUCCGAAACAAUCAUUGUCAAGAAAAUGCCAUUAAAGAAGAAAAAGUCAGAUGAUUCCAGUGACCCAAAGUCUACAAAUAACGAUAAACGUCCAAUUCAGAUUCUCAUUUUCGAAUUAGAUAAGGCCAUACAGAACCUAUAUGUAGUAAUUGAAUCCCUUGUAGACACACUGGAAAGGCAUCAGAAGUCAGACAACAUGAAAAUGAUAUUUCCAAUUGACCGUGUUUCAACCAAGGAGAAUAUCAGCUUUCAUCGUGGUAUUUUGGACCAUGAUCCAUAUGACGACAGAGAAGCUUGCAUCGGCACUCUUUUAAACAAAUCAACACAUUGGUCUUCUGAUCUUCCGAAAAAGAAAGACACCUCUGAAGUUUUUACCGAAUUCUAUGAAAUCUGGAAGCAAGUCGAAGGCGACCCAUUAGCUUCUGCUGAAAAGUACUCACAACUCACAAACGAAUACCUGGCAGUACUUCAAAGGCCAGACAGAGGAUCAAUGUUUUCAAUAAAAAAAAGCAACGAACCUUCUCUCUUCGAUGCUGUUGAUUUGGAACGUUCAACCUGGCAGUUAAUACAUGCUCUUUACAGCGAUCGAAUUUGCCACGUUGAUUCCCCGCUAAAUACUCAAUCUCUGAAGCCAUUUUGCCAUUCUGAAAAGGAAAUUGUUGGCCAUUUAUAUGAUACUGAUAGUGAGCUUCGAGAAACUCAGAUUAUUGUUGAUUGGCUGGAAGGUAAAGUUCGAGAAGAGAUUGUGAAAGUUGCUGGGAAAUAUGAAUGCCUUUUCAACGAAUCUACAAUUUGGGAGAAUACACGCCAUCUCAUUGAAAAUAUGGGUGUCAGCGAUAUGAAGGCUAAGCAUAUCAUUUCUCAACUGUUCCCUGAUGCACCAUACAUUGGUGAAGGCACUUUGGCCCAGAAGGAUAUUGAGAAUGAAAAUAGGUACCUAAAUUAUCUGUUUCUUUGUGUUCGAGGUGGUGAUCUACAACGGGCCCAACGCAUUUGUCUUCAGCGUGGAGAUAUCACUCGUGCCGUCGCUAUGGAAGCUUGGCGUCCUUUCCAUAGUAGUUACUUGUCAGAAGAUAUCACUCAUCCAGACAAUCAUGUUGUAGAAGGCAAUGCUAGUCGUGUCCUCAGUAAAUCGGUAGCUUGGUGGAGUGCAGAGAAUCCCGCUCUCAAUGUGCAUGAACGAGCAAUAUUCGCUGCACAGUCGGGAAAUCUGAGUGCGCUGCUAGAGGCUGUGACCUCAGGCAGUUGGGAGGAUUUGUUGUGGGCACACUGCCGUGCCCUUGUUGAGUCUCGGGUUGAUGCCUCAUUACGUUCAAAGUUAGAUUGCGGACCGAGAGCAGAUACUCUUGUAAGUGCUCCAUCUUCCUUGUCACUCUCAACAUUUAUUCAUUUUAAAUGGCAGGCGUUUUGA